UCCAUUCCAUCCAAGUGAACACGGCCUUAGUAUUCGUCGUUAGACUUUAACCUCGUGUAAAAAUGUUGAAUGUUCAGUACAUCAAAUGUGACCAGUCCACACUUUUUUUUCCUCCAUAUAUAUGCAGAAUUUACCUGUUAUAGUGGCCAAGUAAUACCAAAGAAAAUGUUAGAACAAUAUACCCUUCAUCUAUAUUUUAUUUCAUUGUUUUCUGUCACGGUUUUUCUCUACAAAUGGUUAAGAAUUAGAAAUAUAGUCCCAGAAAAUCUGCCCCCUUCCCCGCCAAAAUUACCAAUAAUUGGAAAUCUUUAUCAACUUGGUCGAGACCCGCACAUUUCACUUAGAUUCUUGGCUCAAAAGUAUGGUCCCUUGAUGCUACUUAAGUUCGGAAGUGUGCCCGUUCUUGUUGUUUCCACAGCUGAUGCAGCUCGAGAGAUAAUGAAAACCCAUGAUCUGGUUUUUUCGGACAGGCCUGAUUCAAGUAUCUCCAAUCGAAUUUUCUAUAACGGUAGGGACGUGGCGCUUGCUCGUUAUAGUGAAUAUUGGAGACAGGUGAAGAGUACUUGUGUCAUUCAGCUUCUGAGUAAAAGAAGGGUUAAUUCGUUUAGUAAUGUCAGAGAAGAAGAAGUUGCACUUUUGAUCCAUAAUAUUGAGUCUUCUCAUUCGAAAAUAGUGAACUUAAGCGAGAUGUUCUCUGAACUAACUAGUGGUGUAGUGUGCAGGGUUGCACUAGGAAGGAAAUAUGAAAGUGAUAAAGGGAAUUCAUAUAAGAAAUUGCUCGGGGAAAUGACUGAGCUUUUGGGUUAUUUCCGCAGCAUAGGGAAAUAUAUUCCAUUGCUUUAUUGGGUUGAUUGGCUAGAAGGAUUAAAGGGAAAGGUGGACAAAAUAGCUAAUGAGAUUGAUGCUUUUCUCGAAGCUGUUGUCAGAGAUCAUCAAAGUGAUCUUGCAUCAGAUGAUAGUUAUGCCAACAAGGACUUUGUUUCCAUUCUGCUCGAAAUUCAGAAAGAGAACAUAGAUUCUGACUUUCAGAUUAACAAAGAUUGCAUCAAAGCUGUUAUCUUGGAUAUGUUCUUUGCUGGAACUGAAACACCGUCAACAACUUUAGAGUGGACAAUAGCAGCUCUGAUAAAAAAUCCAGACACCAUGAUUAAAUUGCAGAACGAGGUCAGGGAGAUAGGCAAAGGGAAGCCUAAAAUAUUGGAGAGUGAUUUAAUCGAAAUGCAUUAUCUGAAAGCAGUAAUAAAAGAGAGUAUGCGACUGUAUAUACCAGCUCCACUACUACUUCCUAGGGCGGCCAGGGAGGACAUAAAAGUAAUGGGGUAUGACAUAAAAUCAGGGACACAAGUACUGAUAAAUGCUUGGGCAAUUGCAAGAGAUCCUUCAUUGUGGGACAAACCAGAGGAGUUUCGGCCUGAGAGGUUCUUGAGUAGUCCUCUUGAUUACAAAGGCCUAAACUAUGAGUAUCUUCCGUUUGGAGCAGGCCGAAGGUCUUGCCCUGGAAUCAGAUUCGCGAUGGCCCUUAAUGAGCUUGCGAUAGCAAAUGUAGUGCACAAGUUUGAUUUUAAAUUGCCCGAUGGAGAAAGAAUGGUGGAUUUGGACAUGACUGGUGUCUCAGGCAUUACUGUUCGUAAAAAGUGCCCUCUUUUCGUGAUUGCCUGUGCCAAGUGACGGAUCUAAGAUUCAAAUCUUGGGGGCACUGCAUGUCUAGAUUGCAGCCUGGACUUGGAACGGGCAAUGAGGUGGCAACAAUUUUUUUAAACGAAGUAUGUAAAAUAGUUACUUGAUAAGUUGCAGCAGAAGUUCCAGACUUCCAGCUUCAUCAAUCUGUUCAUUUCUCCCUCAAUGUGUCCUACUAGUAUUUUAUUUUACUUUUACAACUUCAAUAAAUGUAUCAGUCAAUGUUAGAGCAUUUCCAAUCCAUGUAAACGAGUUAGCUAAAUCCUAGAUGACCCCUCAUAUAGCUGAUCAAUAUACAUAAGUGCCUUUUUCAACCA